AUGGAGACGGGUUCAUAUCGCGACUCACCCUUACAUUUUCCGCUACCACAAACUCAAAAUCACCACCCUUAUUACACCCCAGUGGAGGUUGAAGUACUGUCCGAGCGGCAGCGCGGAAAAUACACGAUCGCGAAAGCAGAAAAAGGGAGACAACAGGCAUGUGCAUUCAUAGAGGCCGUCGGGGCGAGGGUUGGUUUUCCGAGAAAGACCAUUGCGACUGCGCAGAAUUUGUACCACAGAUUUCACUUAUUCUUCCCAAUGGAGGGAUUUCUAUACUAUGACGUCUGUCUCGCUGCACUCUAUGUCUCAACCAAGAUGCACGACACGCUCAAGAAACCCCGAGAACUGCUUAUGGUCGGAUACGUUGUCCGAUUUCCAGAACAGGCGGCCAAGUCCAAAUCUAUAGCUGGAGAAAUCGAUAUGGACCCUGCAGUCGUGGAAAAUGACAGACAGCGUCUUCUCGGAAUAGAGAGAUUUAUCAUGGAAAUAAUAUGCUUCAACUUCACGUCGCGAAUGCCUUUUCCAUACGUGAUCAAGAUAGGUAGACAGCUUAAAGCCUCAAAAAAACUCACCAAGUUAGCCUGGCGGCUCUCCAUCGACAGCCACCGUACACUUGUACCACUCCAAUUCCCACCACAUGUAGUCGCACUAGCUUGUGUCUACCUUGCCGCACUCCUUUCGUCUUUUGAACACGACGUAGUACCAGCGAAACCAGGUUGUCUCAGUGACAGUGAACUCGCGGAGCAGCUGGGGAAGCACGGUCCUUGGGAACGCAAGUUUCAAGCCCAGGUUGAAGACUUGGAACGUACGUCAUGA